AUGAAUUCGACGCACAAUUAUAUCGAAUACUCUUUUUCGAAUGUUGAUAAUUUGGAUAUGAAUAAAUGUGUUGCAAACAAUUGUAUCGAAAGUAUAUACAACUAUGGAGAUACUAAUGAAAAAAGAGAUUGUAUCAUAAAUAAAACAACAAAUAUAAGUAAUAUUAAUGAUAGUAAUAAUAGUAGUGUAGUUAAACCAAUUUACACUGGAAAUAUAAAUGUUUUGGAAAUUGAUUAUGUACAAGGCAUAAUAAAAAAUAACUAUGAUGAUAUAAAUGUUGGGGAAAAGAAUGGAAUAAUAAAUCGAAAUAGAAACACAGAUGAUGUAUUAACAAUUGUUGAAUGUGGUAAAGGUGGGAAUAUAAAUGGGAAUAGAAAUCAAAGCAGAAAUAUUUGUUUGAAUCAAAAUAUAUCAAAUUUAAAAUUGUGUAACAACUUAGAUAUGAGUUUUAUUUAUAACACUUAUGAUAAAAAUGGAUUGUUAUAUUGUAAAAAAAUAAAAUUUCAUGUAAAAGGAGAUAAUAUCAAUGAUUAUGUAACCCCUUUAGUUGUAAAAAUUAAUACUUUAAAAAAUAAUAUGGGAAAACAAUAUAUGAGAUUAGAAUUAAGUGAUGAUAAAAAUGAAUCUUUUUUUUAUUAUCUAGAUUUGUUUGAAGAAAAUUAUGAAAAUAUAAAAAAAGAACAGAAACUAGUUAUCAAUUUUAAUUUAUUUCCAUUUAAAUUUAUUGAUUUGUUGGAAGAAUGUGUUCUCGAAAAUGAGCAAUGUGAAGAUAUAGAUGAUCAACGUUUGAAUGCAGUUUUUAUAAUGGAAAAUAUUGUAAAGGAAGCUAAUACGAAAGGAUAUGGGCGUGAUGGAUAUAUUUCCAGUUAUAUUAACAAUCAUAAUGAUAAUAAAUUUAGUGGUGGUACAUCUAAUGAGUGUAAAUAUGAAAAAGGGGUUCUGAAUUUAGUAGAAAUAAAUCAAUUCAAAGAACUAACACAUCUAUCAUUAGUUCUAAAAAAAGCAGACAAUGAAAAUGUUAUAAAAUAUUUGUGUAAUAAUAUAAAAUAUAUAAAAGAAUAUAGUGAACAUGUAAUUAAAAAAUUAAAUGAAGAAAUAAUUAAUAAUAAUAAUAAUUGUAUCGAAAUAAAAACGUUAGAAAAAACUAUAGAAAAUAUGGAUGUGAAAAUAAAAAAUAUAAAAUGCAAUUUCAAUCAUACCAUGAAUAAUGAAAUACAUAACUUAAAGGAAGAACAUCAAAAAAUAAUUGAAAGAAAAGAAGAAAUGUUUAUUUUAGAAAAAAAUGAACUAAAAAAAGAUGUUGAAACUUUAAAAAAAAAAUGUAAUGAAUAUAGUGAGGUAAAUAAAAGUAAUGAAGAAAACAUAAUUCAUUUAAAUAGUAAAGUAAAUAAACUAAUAAAUGAAAUAAAAGAAAAAAAUGAUUAUUUAUCAAAAUUAACAAAAGAAAAAGAAAGCAUAGAAUGUGAAAAAUGUAAACUGGAAAAAGACAAAAAUUAUUUUACUAUCGAAUUAAAUAACUUAAAAACAAAAUAUGAAAAAGAAUGUGAAAAUAAUAUAUCAAAUAACUCAAGUUAUGAAAGUAUAAAAAUAAACAAUAAUAAUCUUGAAUUAGAAUUAAAAAAAUACAAAGAUAGAAAUGGAAAGUUAGAAAAAGAAAUAAAUAUAGCUAUUGAUGAAAUUAAUAAAGGCAAUGAUAUUAUUACAAAAUUGCAAACACAAUUAAAAAAAAUUAAAGAUAAGUUAAAAAAUAAAACUCUAGAAUAUAACAAUCUUGAAAAAAAUCAUUCUCAAAAUAUUAUCGAAAUGACUAAAAUUAAAGCACAAUUAUCUGAAAUACAAAUUAAAUUCUCAGAAAAAGAAACAUCAGAAGAUAACCUACGACAAGAAGUAAAUACUUUACAAAGAAAAAAUGAUGAACUUGUUAAAGAUUUGAACAUAUCUCGAGAGGUUAAUUUAAGACUAAAUAAAGAAGUUGCAAAUAAUAAUCUGGAUAUAUAUUCAGUAAAAAUGAACAAUAUCACUGCAUCCCCUACUAUUUCAACAGGAUCAAACUUUCAAGUGGACACAAACCUUUUAGAUAAAGACUUAUUUACAAAGUUAAAAGCCAAUUUAAAGAAUUCAUCAGGAAUAGGUUACACACCAGCAUACACAUCAGAUAGCAAUAUGACCAACUUGAAUUUAAUAAGCGGAAAAAUCGAUGCGCUUGACAUUAAUGAUAGAUAUAAUAAGCCCGUGAAAUUUAUUCCUCCCGGAAUUUAG